AUGCGUCAAGUCGGAUCUGCUCUAUGGCCGAGGCUUAGAGCUGUACAGGUCUACGGAGCCAAUACUGGCGUAGGCAAGACAGUGGUUAGUACGUUGCUCUGCAAAGCUCUAAGGAAGAGAUUGCCAGACUAUAACGUACACUACUUGAAACCAAUCUCGACUGGACCGCUCGACGAACAGGACCACAGGCACAUAACGCGAUACUCUCAGGACAUAACAUCCAAAACACUACUUCAAUUUGACGACCCUGUCAGCCCUCAUAUUGCCGCCAGGAUAUCCAAGGAGCCCGUCGACGACCAGAGCAUCUUGACUCGUGUUUACGAUGAAUUGCUCAACUAUGCUACCGGGAAGGAUGCUGUAGCAGUUGUUGAGACUGCAGGUGGUGUACUCUCUCCAGCACCUUCUGGUAACGUGCAAGCAGAUCUCUACCGACCUUUGAGACUACCCGCAUUGCUUGUGGGCGACCAUCGCCUAGGUGGAAUUGGCUCUACCAUCUCAUCUUGGGAGUCACUCCAUGUCCGUGGAUACGAUGUGAACUCUGUUCUGCUCUUCGAGGAAUCGAGAUACGACAACUACACCUAUCUCAGAGAUUACUUCGAGAAGAAAGGCAUCUUGACUCUUUCUUUGCCACCACCUCCCGAGGUCAAAUCUACUCAAGCAGAGGACGAGGAAUCUAUGAAACAAUAUUAUGACUCAGCAAGCAGCUCAUUCAGCCUGGAACAGUGCAUUGACAAUAUGAUCAGUACACAUAACCAAAGACUGUCUAGUUUGCAGUCGCUGCCUAAGAGAGCCGAUACCAGCAUCUGGCAUCCUUUCAUGCAGCACACCGAAAGAUCAGAGCAGAACAUCCUCGCUAUCGACUCAGCCUACGGUGACUAUUUCCAAACUCACAACUCUUCCGGUUCUGGUUCGAAAGAGGGCAAUCAACUCAAGCCUGCUUUUGAUGGUUCAGCAUCAUGGUGGACACAGGGUCUGGGCCAUGGAAAUCCUGAACUGGCACUUACUGCUGCACAUGCCGCUGGUCGUUACGGUCACGUAAUGUUUGCCGGUGCUGCACACGAACCUGCCGUGUCACUCUCAGAGACGCUACUCAAGAACAUUGGCAACCCGCGCCUGUCAAAAGUCUUCUUUAGCGACAAUGGAAGCACUGGUAUGGAGGUUGGUGUCAAGAUGGCACUCAAGGCAGCUAGUAAGCGCUAUGGUUGGUCUCCGGAUGAUGAGAUCUUGAUCCUCGGUCUCAAGGGCAGUUAUCAUGGUGACACCAUCGGCACUAUGGACUUGUCGGAGCCAUCGACAUACAACAAAAAAGUUGAAUGGUACUCUGGCCGUGGCCAUUGGUUUGACUUCCCACUCGUCAAGAUGCGAGACGGCAAGUGGGUUGUCGAGCCUCCUGCAGGUAUGGAGGAAGAGUUUGGCCCUGUUCGCUCCUUCUCCAGCCUGGACGAAAUCUUUGCACUCUCUGAUAGAAAGGCCGAUGCAGAGCGUUACGAGUCUUACAUCAAGACUUCUCUCGAAGCUUUGACUGCAGAAGGCAAGAAGUUCGGCGCUCUUAUCAUGGAGCCAGUCAUCCUAGGUGCUGGUGGCAUGCUCUUCAGCGAUCCUCUCUUCCAGCACAUGUUGGUCAAGGUUGCACGUGAGCAGUGUCCGGAGCUCUACGGUAAACCCGAAGCUACAUCGGAGUCAGCGCUGGAAUGGAAGGGCAUUCCUGUUGUCUUUGACGAGGUCUUCACUGGCCUGUAUCGUCUCGGCCGUUUCAGCAGUUCGACAUUUGUCGAUGUUCAGCCCGACAUUUCUGUGCACGCCAAGCUGCUUACUGGCGGCUUGCUGCCCCUGUGUACCACUCUCGCCAGUGAGAGCAUUUUCGAGGCUUUCUUGAGUCCUGAGAAGUCGGACGCUUUGCUUCAUGGCCACAGCUACACCGCUCAUGCCGUGGGCUGCGAUAUAGCCAGAUACUCCCUCAAGACCAUGCAGGAGAUGGAUGAAGGCGCUGCCUGGACUAACUUCAAGGCCGCCUGGAAACAAGAGGACGAUGCCAAGCCGAGUCUCUGGAGCAUGUGGUCGCAAGACUUUGUGCGUGACCUCUCGCUCAGAUCCAAUGUUGAGAGCGUGUUUGCUCUUGGCUCUGUGCUGGCAAUCUCGCUCAAGGAUCCUGCUGGUUCUGGGUACACCUCGACAGCCGCAACUGGUUUGAGGGACACCCUCCUUCAUGACUCGUCGUCUGAGAACGCCAUCCACUCGCGCGUCUUGGGCAAUGUCUUGUAUUUGAUGGCCAGCAUGACCACCUCGCCGGACACCAUUGCAAGCAUUCAGAGAAAGGUGCAGACUGCAAUGAAUUGA